AUGAGUAAUUUCAUGACUAUAACAUAAGAUAAAUAUUAUAGAUAUUAUCCAAGAUUAGUUGUAAAUGAUGAUUUGGAGAAUAAUAGAAUCAAAUUUAAGAAGAUUGAAUUUUCAGAUAAGUUUCUAAGAAAAGUAGAAACUAGUUUUGUUUUAAAGAGUUUACAUAAGAGAAAUGAUGAAAUACAUAGUUUCAGAUUAAUAGAAAUUUUAGAAACCCCAUUUAGGUAAAGAAGGAAAAGUGAAUGUGAUGGAGUAAUAUCUAAAAAAAUAGUAUUUUUUUUAUUGAUUGCAAGCAAAAUCUGGAUAUGAAAUACCCAAAAACGAUAAUAGAGUAGCAUAAAUUUUUAUACAGAGUAAAAGACUUACGUAGAAGAGCCAUAAAAGGAAGAAUGAAAAUAAAAUUUUAGAAAUCUUUUAAGAAAAUAGAUACUAAAAAAUCAAGCUAAUUUCAUUCAUAACAUCAACAUACUAUGUCUAUUCGUGAUUCUAUUUAUGGAAGUUUAUAAGAAAUAAAAGUAUUCAGAACUUUCACCAAAAAUCGUCCUUACUAUUAACGACCAUUAGAAAAGAAAAAUUCCUAUUUAUUAAAUGAUUCUCAAAGUGAACUUAGCUUUCAUAUUCGCAAAGUAACUGAAAAUGAAUAGAUGGUACAAAAAUAAAAAAAAUUUGUUCAGCUUUAAUUAAACAAGUACAGCCCCAAAAUAUUUGAAUAAUUAAAGAAAGAUUCUAUAAUAAAGUUCUUAUCUGAAACAAAAGAAACUUAACCUUAAACUCCUGCUAUCACAUAAACAACCUCAAUAAUCUAACAUAAAUUUUAACCUUACUUUUGUAAUUCAAAGACAUAAAAUCUAAAAAAAUCUUGCAUCGGAUCUUCCUUUAGAAUUAAGACAAUAUUAUGA